AUGAAGCAUGAAGAAGUAAAGGCAAAGAUUCCUAUCAUCAUUGCUUCAGUCCCCAAAAAGGAACCAAGUUUCUCUGAUAGCAGUAUGAUGCGCUAUGCCUUUGAAGAAGUAGCCCAGUCAGACUAUCUACCCUACCAACGGGAAACUCGAUCAUCUGCAGAUCAAAUCACCGACGAAGAGACUCAGGAUGAACACUUUAGUGUCCUACGUGAUAAUUGCAUGAUGCCAGCGACCAGUGAUGACGACGAUGAUGAGGUCACCCAAAAUGUUGCUGCAACAGCAAAGACUCUUUUAAAACCAACCUACACUACAACCUAUAAUCCCCAGUGUCAGUCCAGCCUCGCACAGAGAGCUCUUUCGCCUACAAUGGAUAGUAGUACCCUCUUGGUAAACAGGUCUAUCAAGAAAUUUGCUUCUGCUUUUGAUCUUAGUAGUGGAACUACCUCACGAGAACUACGCUCACCAGAACCUCAAGAGCUUCCAGAAGAAAGACCAAGAACUGCGACGCCUACGAUGAAACGUCAGCACAUCUACAGAAGAAUGCUUUCGCCUAUUAAUGUUGACCUUGCUAAUGGAAAACUAGGAGUUCCACAACAGAUGCCUCCAAACGAUGAGGGCUACCAGGCUCAUACAACCGAGCCAAAUUCGAUUGCUAGCUCACCUAGUUCAGAUGUUCUUCCUCCAUUGGAUAGAGUCAAUCAAAGCUCAACUCGACUACAACGUGAUGCCCUUGAUUCCACAAUUAUGCCUGCGCAAGAUAUAAAUGAGAAUUUCUCCAAUGAUUACAAUGUAGCUACUUCAAGCAAUAGAAAACAUAUAAAAGAGCUCGGAGAAGACGAUGUAAAGUCUAUAUAUUCAGAUACUUCCAGCAUAAAUGCCCCCAGCCUUAGUUCUUCUGCUACACUAUCAACAAACAAAAGCCAUCCUACACUACAUUCGCGUCCUCCUUCUCCUGUAUUUAGUCCAGCACCUGGCUUACCUGCCACUAUACCCCUCCGUUCACAAGACUUUCAAGCAUCGCAAGUCGAAGAAACCUUUGCUGACGCAGCCAUGUCGCCAGCUAUGAAUACCAUUGCAUCUUCCACACUAUUAACUCCACGAACAAGCUAUGCACUACGCCGUCGUAUUGCGUUGUCCACUAUAUCUUCACUUACUUCAGAUUCGUUUCAACUGGGCCCUUCCAUGAUGGCUAGUCGAGGAAGAUCGUUAUCUCAAGCUACUGUAGAUCCUGAAGUACAAUCUGCCUUUAUGAUGAGUAGCUGCUAUAGUGGUACAACAAACAGCGACUAUUAUGCUAUACCCAGAAGCCAUAAUAGCACAGAGCUUCGAUAUUCCUCUCUCACUCAGAGAUAUAUGAAUGCAGCAUUACCACCCAUUCCAAAUUCUGUAACUAUAAACAAACGGCUUACCAAGAUUUAUCUAGAAGACAGUGAUGAUGAGAGCUUUGGGGAUAUUGACGAACUUCCCUCUCGAUCGAUUCCUCCACCACCACCACCACCUCAAGAUGAUCAUGCACCUCCACGGCUGCCAAGACUGUCUUUUGGUAAAGACCUCAGUAUCUCAUUAGGCCUUAAUAACUAA